AUGGAAUCUGAUUUAGAAACAUAAAUUUAUUAAAUGAAUCUACAAGCUAUAAAGGAAGCUGCUUUAUAAUUGUAUUUAUUUUUAAUUAAACCAAUAGUAAAGAUAAACUUACAAAGACUCCACUUGCUGAUACUUUAAUAGAAGCUACAUCAAAUGAAAAUUGGAACACACCUACAAAAUUAUUAUAAGAGAUUUCAGAGGCAUCAUUUGGAUUGUAUAAGACAAGCAAUAAAAUAUAGCACAUAAUGUGAUACAAUAAUGAAAUUUAUCUGGAAGAGACUUGAUUCAGACAAUAAAGAAUGGAGAAGAAUUUUGAAAGUAUGCAUAAAAAUGCUAUUAGACAUUAGACACUCAAUUUGAUAGAUUAUUUGACUAAAAAUGGAGCACCACGUUGCGUUGGAGAGUUCAGAGAUUCUAUAUUUAAAAUAAGAAGUUUUUCAGAUUUCAUAAUAAUUGAACAAGGUUCUGAUAAAGGACUUUCAAGUAGAAUUUAAUCAAUAAUAUUAGUUCGAGAAAAGAGUAAGUAACUUGUUGAUUUACUCUGUGACGAGAAAUAAAUUGAAGAAGAACGAGAUAAUGCUAAAAAGAUUCGUGAACGUUUGGCAGGCAUCUUAUUUAAAUUUAUUAAAUUUUAGCUGCAGGAGGAAUUGGAGCUAUAGGAAGUAAUACUAAUUAUUAAGGUUAUGGAAGAGACACUUAUAAGAAUGACUCAUAUAAGGGAUAUGGAAAUGAUUCUUAAAUGAAUGA